AUGGUGAAACUCCAAACACUGUGCGGAUCCAAGAGACCCAGAAGCGUCUCCCAGCCUCAGCCGCAUCUACUGUCUUCUAAUAUUUUCCAACAUCUUCCAUUUGAACUUGUGGAGGAGAUUUUCUCUUUCUUACCCAUCAAAGAGGCAAAGCAACAAUGCAUUCUCUCAUCGGAGUUUCGGAUUCCCACCCAUAUCAGUCGCAAAUUCUUGUUCGGAAGAGAUUUUACGACGCGACGCAGCCGAGAGUCCCUCGUUGAAUUGGUGGAUCACCUCUUUGUGACUCACAGGGGUCGUUACAUCGAUUCUUUUCAAAUCUAUAUAGACCCUGUUGGGGUUGAAAACUUUCUUCACAAGUGGCUCAAGAUUUGCCGUGAGAAGAGAAUUCAGGAUCUCGAGUUAUUUUUUUAUGAACCUGGGUACACUCUCACCGCAGAUUUUCUCAACCAGCUCUAUAAAUUGAGCACCUUGAAAUUGGUCCAUUGCAAGUUGGAGUUGCCACUUAACCUCCAAAGUAUGGUCAAUCUGAGAACUCUGAUUCUGUGGUUUGUCCCUCUCACAGAUGAAAGCAUUCAUUCUUUGAUAUCUCAUUGUAGGCAGCUUGAGACUGUUGAUCUGCUUUACUGUACUGGACUUUUGUGUGUGGAAAUAUAUGCUAAGGAGCAUAGAUUUUUCAAAAAGUUGAGAAUUGCUGGAUGUAAGAAUUUGGAAGUGUUUCUGGUUGAUUCCCCAACUAUUGAGUGUGUGCACUAUUGUGGGCAUGUCCCAAGAAUCCGGUUUAUUCAGACAACUCAACUGAAUGAGGCCUAUCUCAAUUUUGUGCCUGCUGGGAGCAGAAGGUAUUUGCAGGCUUCUGUGCUGGAAAAGCUUGUCAGUGACAUCUCUCAUGUCAAAGUUCUAUCAGCUUCUGCUCUAAUUCCUGAGGCUUCUGUGCUGGAAAAGCUUGUAAUAUGCUCUCGAGACAAUCUAAGUUUUAAUUCAGUGGCUUUAACUGCUAAGUUUCGUGGUGGAGUUUUUGGAGAGGCGCGCUACAGUUUCUUGAAUCUUCUGGAGCUUCAUUUGAUCAUGGAGGGGGCACUUUUCUGCAAUCCAUAUGAUAUUCUCGUGUUUAUGAAGCAUUGCCCUCUCAUGGAGAAACUUUUCAUUGAUAUUGAUGACUACACCUUUGAUUGUGGACCGUACUGGGAAUUGCAUCAGAAGUCUGAGAUGGACAAAUUUGAUCACAACUUUGAUCGACUCAAUUUUAUUAAGCUUAGAGGUGUUAAGUUUAUACAGUCUGAACUUCAACUAGUGAAGAUCCUUCUGCAGAAAGCAACCCAUUUGGAGGCUCUGGUUCUUAUCUCACAAAAGAAUUGCCAUGUUAACGUAUGGACACCAGAAGGACGUAGAUAUGAUAAACUUCUUGACUCAUGGAAAGCAUCACCAAACACAAAAAUAGUUUCAUUUGAGCAUGUGGCAGCUGACCAUAGUCGCGCGAGUACAUCUAAUUCAAGACAGUGGUUAUUUUCAUCCAACUAG